GUUACCGCUAGUGUGUUGUGGGUGUGAAGUCGGUACAGCUUUACCUAUCACAAGAGAAAAAAUGGACGUAUAAACAAGCUAUAGAAAAGAAACACUUAAACAAUGAAAAAAAAUAAAUAACUGAGUAAAUAAAAAAAUACAUAAACCAAAGAAAAUUUACGGGAAACUUUAAGAUAAACAAGAAAAUAGAUAAAAUAAAAACAGUACAUACUUUAAAAAAAAGGACGAAUAAGAAGAAAAAAGAGAAAAUAAGAAAAAAUAAGAAAACUGGAAACUGAAAAAAAAAAUCUAAGCUAAAACACAAAAGCAAAAAAACGAUUCCGCGUACCAAAGAAAACGGAGACACUAAGAAAACCUAGUCAAUUUUAAGGAUAACCACGAGUUUUUAAGGUCACCAAGUUGUCCACCAAGGUUCUCCAAGACACAAGUGGAAUGGGAAGGUGGAGGCUGCUGCUCAGGAGGUGGAGGAACAGGGAGGAGACGGCCACGCUACUUGGCCUCGUCAGGUACGUGCCUUACAUCGCGUGUGUCGUGGCUCUCAAGGUGUACGUAGUGAUGCUGCUGCUACACGUGCAUGACGCCAAACAAGACUACAUGGAUUACAACGACUAUGCUAAUUACGAUGACGCGCCGCCCAGACACAAGCACCCCACUACCACCACCACCACCACCACAGAGGAGCCAGGGUGGAGGGAAAAGCAGGAGGUACUUUCACGCCUCAACACCACGACCAUCCACCCAUCAUCCACCAACCGGACUCCGGAUACGAUAUGGCUGUUUUUCAAUCGGAUUCCUCGCACAGCCGGCCAGACCCUCGUGUCACUUAUGAAGAGUUUGGGUCCCGAUUUAAACUACCAACACCAGGAGCAUGUGUACAGGACGCCGUGGCAAAGGCUAAUGACGGAGGAGGAGCAGCGCAGUCUGGGCACGUGGUUUGAAUAUAAUUUCUGGCCCAAAAGUUACGACCGCUUCUCCAUGUUCAUUAACUUCACCCAGCACAGGAGCCGGUACGUGACUAUGCGCCCAGCCUUCGUGACCUUGGUUCGUGACCCCGUGGAGAAAUACGCCUCUUACUUCCGGUUCAAGAGGGUGGACAUCGAAAGGGUUAAGUUGGAGAUGAGUGCACGUGAGAGGAAAACACCGGGGAGUGGCCGCGUGUGGUACUGGCGAAAGCUGGACCAGUGUGUAGCGGAGGGUGACCUGGAGUGUGACCUCAGGGACGGGGCGCGGGACUUCACCUCUGCCAUCCCCUUUCUGUGUGGUCAGCACGAGCAGUGUCUGCGCGUGGGUGACAAGUGGGCACUGCAGAAGGCGAAGUACAAUGCAGAGUUUGAGUAUUCAGUAGUGGGGCUGACGGAGCACUGGAAUACGACCCUGGCUGUGCUCGAACAUUACCUGCCUCUCUUCUUCCGCGGGGCACGCCAACGUUACUGGAGUGACGAGUUCGCCAGCCAGCGGUACCUCAACAAGAACCCGAAGAAGUACAAGGCAAUACAAGACGAGGUGAAGAAAUUCCUGAAAGAGAGACUGGCCCUUGAAUUUGAGCUGUACGAGUUUCUGCAACAGCGCCUACACUUGCAGCACCAGAGCCUUGCAGAAGUGCUCGGCCGCCCCACCACGCUCCUCCCCACCAAGCCGUCCCAGGUGCCCAUGUGGGGGAUCUGGGAUAGGGUACAAAAUGAUCUAGCGCGUGAUAUUUAGACUUGUUUAUUUAUUUAUUUAUUUAUUAUUGUUUUUGUAAUUUAUUCUUUUGGGGGGCGGGGUUUGUUGUUUUUAUUUAUUGUUUGGUAAAUGUUUUGUUUAUUGUUAUUUUUAUUUAUUUAUUUUUUUUUUUAGGGAAUUGAAGUAGUAAUAGUAGUAGUAGUAGUAGUACUAGUAGCAGCAGCAUCACCAUUACCUAUUUAAUACCACCGCAAACUACCUAUUUCGUAUGAAUAAUAAUAAUAAUAAUAAUAAUAAUAAUAAUAAUAAUAAUAAUAAUAAUAAUAAUCACCCCACGCACCACAAAUUUAUAAGAACCCAUCACACACAUACACACACACACACACACACACACACUGGUACUUGUAAUAAUAAAAGAGAAUAGAUUAAUAAUGUGAUUAAUUACCCAAGGAGGGACACAAGGAAACACAUUAAACAAGCUUAAAAAGAAAAAGGAAUAAAUUGAAGGUGAAAGAAU